UGAAGCGAACGUCACACAGGCUGCUAAAUCGAGCGACGAAUAAUCGCUCAUCAGCUAUCCUCCUCGGUCCAGCUUAGAGGAGCAACUCCGUCAUGUUUACACUCGUGUGGCGUUGGAUUGUGCGGCGGUUGUGUUUAUUCACCUAAGUCCAAAUAGAUCAUCAGAUGAAAAUAACAUCGAGCCAAAAUGCACUAGCUGGACUUGAACGGCUGGCCCACUGGUUUCCUGGAUCUGUUGCUUGGAGCGGAUGAUGAAGCGGGUCUUCUGGCUGCUUUCAGGCUUAAACAGAAGAAUGAUGAAGUUACUUUUUGCCCUCGCAUUGAUCGCCUACAUUGCCUCUGUUUGGGGAACAUAUACAAACAUGAGGUCACUACAAGAACACGGGGAUGUGAAGAUUGAACAGAAAAUUGAUGAAGCUGUGGCUCCUUUGAGAGAGAAGAUUCGUGAUCUGGAACAAAGUUUUUCUCAGAAGUAUCCACCGGUGAAAUUUCUCUCAGAAAAAGAUCGAAAGAGAAUCUUGAUCACAGGAGGGGCCGGUUUCGUGGGCUCCCAUCUGACUGACAAACUAAUGAUGGAUGGCCACGAGGUGACCGUGGUGGACAACUUCUUCACGGGGAGAAAGCGCAACGUGGAGCACUGGAUCGGCCAUGAAAAUUUUGAACUCAUCAAUCAUGACGUGGUGGAGCCUCUUUACAUUGAGGUGGACCAGAUUUAUCACCUGGCAUCUCCAGCCUCCCCUCCCAACUACAUGUACAAUCCCAUCAAAACACUCAAGACGAACACAAUCGGUACUCUGAACAUGCUCGGAUUGGCCAAACGAGUAGGUGCCAGACUUCUACUGGCCUCUACGUCAGAGGUUUAUGGAGAUCCAGAGGUACAUCCCCAGAAUGAAGAGUACUGGGGCCACGUGAACCCAAUUGGUCCUCGAGCAUGCUAUGAUGAGGGGAAACGUGUAGCAGAGACUAUGUGCUAUGCCUACAUGAAGCAGGAAGGUGUGGAGGUGAGAGUGGCAAGAAUCUUCAACACGUUUGGUUCCCGGAUGCACAUGAAUGACGGACGAGUCGUCAGCAAUUUCAUCCUUCAGGCGCUACAAGGAGAACCUCUCACUGUGUAUGGUACUGGAUCCCAAACUAGAGCCUUCCAGUAUGUAAGCGACCUGGUAAACGGCCUUGUGUUGCUGAUGAACAGCAACAUCAGCAGUCCAGUCAAUCUGGGAAACCCAGAGGAACACACCAUAUUGGAGUUUGCCCAACUCAUCAAAAGUCUUGUUGUGAGCCGGAGCCAGAUCCAGUUUCUGUCGGAGGCCCAGGACGACCCCCAGAGGAGGCGACCCGACAUCCGAAAAGCCAAGAUGAUGCUGGGCUGGGAACCUGUGGUGCCGCUGGAGGAAGGUUUGAACAAAACGAUUCAGUAUUUCAGCAGAGAACUCGAACACCAGGCCAACAACCAGUACAUCCCCAAACCUAAAGCCGCCCGCAUGAAGAAAGGACGGCCCAGACACAACUGAGACGUAGUUGUCUGCUCUGCUGCACACUCCUCUACCAUCAGAGAGACUCCCAGGAGCUUCUCUUUGACGUACCCUGCUGAGUAGAGCACUUUUUUGGAAAAGGAUCCUUUUUCCUCCUUUGGCUCUCGGAGACAGCUUUCUCUCCGAGCUCUCGUUUUAGAAGCUGUUGAUGCCUUGUGCCGGAGCGGCAGCCGAGAUCUGACGAGGCCCGCCUCGCUGAAGCUCUCAGAGCCGAUGGACAUGCCUGAAUCAAAGAGGCAACAUGUUGGAGCAAAGAAUUUAAAAUACAGCCUAUGUUUUGCUUUGUUUUUUUACGGAUUAUGUGCAGUGUUUUGCCAUUUUAACGCACCGCCACGUGAAUCCAGCAAGCAGCUCAGACCGUGCAGAAACGAUUGGACUCCCAUCAGUUUCACGGCGUCUUGUGUCUGGAGAGGAGCCGCCAGAGUUUGUUUUUCCACUGGACGUCUUGUUGUGUCCGUCUGCCAGACCUGCAGUGCACAGCAGGUUUCGGACAAAACCCUCCAGAGCAACUGUUUACGGCGCCGUAAUUGUUUUUAAGGUUGUUGUGUUUUGUGAAACUUUCAUGUCAUGGUGUGCAGUAUCAUAUUGAUGUGAAGAUGCUAUUUUAAUAAAAUAUUUCCAGUAACUUGCAUGUGAUGUUGACCCUUUAGAUCAGGAGUUCUCCAAAGGUCCUGAACUCAUUUCUAGGUGGGAACAAAGGCUCAAGAAACGUCUCACAAGCUAAAUAAAUCUUUAUUUUACGUC